AUGGCGCACAACAGGGAGCGGCAAGGAGGCGAGUCCGUAAAGGUACUCGGGGAAAGCGAGGUCCACGGAAGGCUACAGGAGGGCCUCCAGCAAAGUGAUGCCGCUGCAUCUGAAGCGCCGACAUCGGAGCUUGGAGGUCGCUUUUUGUCUCUGGACAGCACUUCCAUGAAGUCCGUUCCCAAUCCAGCUGUUGGCAACAGUGAAACUGUGGCGUCUGCAUCGUGUCCACCAGAUGUACCUGAUCCAAGCAGCAAUAUGCGAAUUCCCCCUUCCCAUACAUUUGUGGUUCACACAGCUCGGGCGGUAGAUCCGCUUGUUGGAGAAUUGUUCAUAUGCCCCCAUACGCUUGAGGCCUUGUGCUUGCAUCGAAUGCUCGGCCUUCCUCUAACGCUCGUGUGGGAGCCUCUCCCACCCCUUUCCCCAUAUCCUCACAUCUAUUUGCCCGCAAGGCAGUCGUGGUGGUUCUCAGGCAGCGUGGAUCCCCUUCUUCCCGCUGCAGUAGAUCCAACCACCGGCAGGCUCUUAAGUGGCAACAGGCUUCUGGAAACACUCCGGAGGCGCUGUACCCGUUCUAAAGAAGCCGAUGCAGAGUCAGGGGACCCCCAACUCUGUACCGAAACUUCUAGCAUAGGCUAUGCAAGUCAAUUCAGCGAAAAGGGGAGGCAGGAGGACAUCGCGGGGAAGAUCGAUUCGCCUGAACAUCCCAUCUGCAUAGGCACCUGCGACACCCAAAGUUCUGCUGCAGUAGAACAAGGUACUCAGAUCGCCACCAUUGAGCUCGUGCAGCAGGCUGUACAGUCAGCUCUACGCUUCUUUUUAUGGAAGAAUGAGGCAACUUUUCAGAAUUUUACAAAACCCUUAUUUCAGAACAACCUGGGAUAUAUGUAUGGGAGCUACUACUGCUGGGCUAUGAGGCGUGGCAUUCUCGAUGCCUCAGUCGCUUGCAGAAGUCCUCGAGUGUCUGCCGAAGACCUCACGCGCCCCUUUCCCAGCUUAUUAGGUUCUGGAUCAGCCGAAGGUGAUAGCACGUUGGAGGAGCUCUUAGUUGUUGACCGACUUCGUAGGGCACUUCGCGUUGUUGAGCACCUACUGCAGGGGCGGCUGUUCUUUGGCGGGUCAAGAGCAGACGCAGUCGACGCAGCAGUGUUUGCGCAUCUCGCGAUUCUGUUCUCCUUGCCACUCCCAGAUUGCCGAGAACUUCAAGCGCUUCUUUCGAACUAUGGAGCCUUGCUUCAGUACUGCCACAGGGUUCAGCAAGUCCAUCGGAUAUGGCCAUCUGGACCAUCGUUCCUGUUUGGAGUUUUAUCACAGUCUGAAAUGGCGUCUGGAACCUUCUUGCGUGUGCACUCGUGGAGGCAGCGACGGGGUGCUGCACUACUAGAAAGUUCUGAUGACCAGCAGGACAUCGGGACAGAAGGGGAAUUGUACCGGUUCUUUUGGUGGCUCGGGGCAGCAGCGUGCUGUGCUGUUAUACUCGUCCUUUCUGGUAAGACACCAUUGCGGGUUACAACUGUGAACAGUAGUGCCAACUCUGCACUAUCUCGUGAAGGCAACGGAAACUCAAUUUGGUAG